AUGUUUGUUGUAGAUGCGAUCCCUUCAAAUAAAGCUAUGCUCUUGCAAAUAGGAGUUGCAAUGAAGGCUAUGCCGUGGUACUCUGCUCUCCCCAGUGUGUCCGAACACAUGAUCGAAAGCGGAUGGACUAGAUGUUUUUCAAGUAUAAGUGAUGUAGGAUGGCUUCUCUAUGUUGUCUAUCUAAUUGUUUAUCUUGUUAUUGUGGAGUUUGGAAUCUAUUGGAUGCACCGAGAGUUGCAUGACAUAAAACCACUUUACAAGUAUCUUCAUGCUACACACCAUAUCUACAACAAGCAAAAUACACUUUCUCCCUUUGCCGGUUUGGCAUUCCACCCGUUGGAUGGGAUACUGCAAGCAGUGCCACACGUAAUCGCUCUUUUCCUGGUACCAAUACACUUCAGGACACAUAUAGCCCUAUUGUUCAUGGAAGCCGUAUGGACUGCAAAUAUUCAUGACUGCAUAGACGGUAAAAUAUGGCCCGUCAUGGGGGCUGCCUUUCACACCAUUCAUCAUACCACUUAUCGUCAUAAUUAUGGCCACUACACAAUAUGGAUGGACUGGAUGUUCGGAACCCUUCGUGAUCCCAAGGAAGAUGAGCUCAAGAAGAUGUAG